AUGUCGGAAGUGUAUGCGAACGAGCCGGCUACGUCGGGAAAGGUGGUGCUCCACACCACCAUGGGGCCCCUCGACGUCGAGCUGUGGGCUCGGGAGGCCCCUCGAACGACUCGCAGCUUUGUUCAGCUGUGCAUGGAGGGGUACUACGACAACUCCAUCUUCCACAGGCUGCUCCCAGGGUUCAUUAUUCAAGGAGGAGAUCCGACAGGCACUGGCAAGGGCGGAGCGAGCAUCUACGACGCCGCAGGCGACGCUCGAGAGGCGCCGUCGAGCGUCGCGCGAAGAGAGAGCUCCCUAACUCUCGAGUUGAACUCGCGGCUCCGCUUUCGCUACCGAGGUCUAAUGGGAGCAGCCAGCAAGGAAGUCGAUGGCAGCCCUCCGGGAGCCGCUCCGCACAUAGGCAGUCAGUUCUUUUUCACGCUUGGCAGAGCAGACAGUCUGAACGGCAAGUACACGUUGUUUGGCAAGGUGAGCGGUCCUUCUCUGUUCAACCUGCUGCGCAUGGGAGAGCUGCCCGUCGACAAACACGACCGACCCAAGGAUCCCCCCAAGAUCGUUAGCACCGAAGUACUCUGGAACCCCUUCGGCGACAUCGUUCCGCGCAGUCUUCCGCUGACAGCGCAGCAGCAGCGGCAAGACGCGCAGCAGCAGCAUGCAGCGGAGGAGCAGCAGCAGCGGGAGCUCAGACCCCAGCUCGCAGUCGCGAACGCGAGUCUUCUUUCUUUCGCAGACGAGGAAGAAGCCUUGUUGGAGCAGCAGCAGCAGCAGCAGCAGCGCGAGAAACAAAUUCUUGCGCAUGAUCUCCUGACGGACCCCAAGCUUUCCAAGGCAGCAGCACCCCCUAGCGCUGUGUUGCAGCUGCAUCCGAAUUCAGCGGUCGAAGCACUCAAGUCUCGCAUUGCCGCUCUAGCCACCAGCAAGAGCAGUGCAGUCGGCGCUGCUGAAGCCGCUGAAGUGAACAGCGAUAGCAGCAGCAGGAGUCGUAGUAGUAGGAGUCGUAGUAGGAGUCGCAGUAGGAGUCGCAGUAGGAGUCGCGGAAGCAGUUCCCAGGAUUUGAAGGGCCCCUCCAGGGGGGCCCCUCCCGCCCCGAGCCGCAAGGAUUUUGCUGCUGCUGCUGCUGCGCUACCAGAUGCAGAUCUGCUGUCGCCGGCUGAGCAGCGUCGACGGCUGCUGCUGCUCCAGCGGAAGGCGCAAACCUCCAAGCAGAGGCAAGCGGAGACACUGGAGAAGUUGAAGGCUUUUCGAGAGCAGCUUCAAACGCUGCAGAAGAGCAACAGCAGCGCCGGCAGCGGCAGUUCCAGAAGUCGCAGCAGCAGCAGCAGCAGCACAAAGCGUGAUGAGGCGAUUGAGGCAGCAAAAGCUACAGCAGCGCGUGUAGCUGAACCCGUUACGCUGGGGGCCCCAUACGGAGGGGCCCCCAACGCAACGGCGCCUAAGGAGGAAGAUGAAGGUGGAUCUCCAUGGUUCAUGACGGGUGGGCUGUCGUUCGCCGUCGACAGCAGCACGGCGUACAAGCUAGAUGAAGCGCGCAACAACCUCGAGGUAAGAGAUCCUCUGAAAAAUCGAAGGUUUGAAGAAGACACGAAGGCGCAGCUCAGAAAGAAGUCAAGUGUGUAUGAGGGAGGUCCUCGACAACUCGCGAGGUGGUAG